AGUCAGAUCACAGCAUCAGAGGAGCAGGACUUGAGUUUUGCUUGCGGUAAUUUUGCGUGUUUUCUGCGUGUUCACGCUGGACUCUCGGUGCGGGAUCAGAACCAUGGCGGUGACGGAGGCGGGCUGUGACCUGACCUACUGCAGGAUGCGGGGGGUCGUUGCGGUUCUGACCGCUUUCAUCAAGGAGAGAAAAAUGGGUCUGAAUGAUUUCAUCCAGAAGCUGGUGUCCACGCCGCACAUCUGCCAACACGUUGAAGUGAACAACUUCCUGAAGGUCGAUGAGAACCAGAACGAGGAGGAUGAAGAUGGAGGUCCGAUGUGCCUGAACCCGCGCAGCUCGCUGGCUGACGACCUCCAGAUCAAACCGUGUGACUUCGACUACCUGAAAAUCAUCGGGAAAGGCAGCUUUGGAAAGGUUCUUCUGGCCCGGCACAAGGAGACAGCUAUGUACUAUGCUGUGAAAGUUCUCCAGAAGAAGAUCAUCCUGAAGAAGAAGGAGCAAAAGCACAUCAUGGCAGAACGCAGCGUUCUCAUGAAGAACAUCAAGCACCCCUUCCUGGUGGGCCUGCACUUCUGCUUCCAGACCGCUGACAAGCUCUACUUUGUCCUGGACUACGUUAACGGAGGAGAGCUCUUCUAUCACCUCCAGAGAGAACGGAUCUUCCUGGAACCCAGAGCCCGGUUCUACGCUGCAGAAAUAGCCAGCGCCCUGGGCUACUUGCACUCUCUGCACAUUGUGUACAGAGACCUGAAGCCUGAGAACAUCCUGCUGGACUCACAGGGCCACAUUCUCCUGACGGACUUUGGACUCUGCAAGGAAGGCUUAGAACCCAACGGAACCACAACCACCUUCUGUGGAACACCUGAGUACCUGGCUCCUGAGGUUCUGCAGAAGCAGGCGUAUGACCGGACGGUGGACUGGUGGUGCCUCGGCUCGGUGCUCUAUGAGAUGCUGUAUGGACUCCCUCCGUUCUACAGCCGGAACACGGCAGAGAUGUACAACAACAUCCUGCACAAGUCUCCGGUCCUGAAACCCAACGUGUCCAACGCCGGCAGGGAGCUGCUGGAGGGGCUCCUGCAGAAGGACCGCACCAAGCGGCUCGGGGCUCGGGACGACUUCCUGGAGCUGAAGUACCACUCCUUCUUCUCCCCGAUCAGCUGGGACGACCUGAUGGCCAAGAAGAUCACGCCUCCAUUCAUCCCCUCCGUGUCCGGUCCAACCGACCUGCGGCACUUUGACCCAGAGUUCACCCACCUGCCGGUGUCAUCCUCCCUCUGCAGCGACACCGUGAUGGUGACCAGCAGCCUGAAGGAAGCAGCCGGGGCCUUCCCGGGCUUUUCCUACGGACCUCCAGCAGAACACUCCUUCAUGUGAGCAGACACGGACCCCUGGACCCAACAGACUCUGGUUCUGAAAGUUGUGACGGGUCGAGGGGGGCUCUAAACUCCAGCCUGAGCAAAUGAAAAUGUGCCAAGAGAGGAAGUUGUCCAGGAUCUGAAAGAUCCCUGGAUCGGUUCUGUAUCUCCUGCUGCAGGUGAAGUGCCUGACGGAUGAGACCGGGUCCAGACCGGGUCGUUAAAGAUGAUGAUGCCUUUUUGGUCCAAACGCGUUUGAGUUCAGUCUUUGUGUGUUUUCGUGGGAUUUGAACUCGAGGAACCAAAUGUAUAAAAAAAAAAUGAAGCAUUUUUUGCUCGGAGCAGCUUUUGGAUCUUAACGGUGCAGAACUUUUCCUCAGACAGAGAAAACUGUCAAACACACUGGACCCAGCACGUCCUCGACCCGUUUGGGCUCAACUAAUAAAGCUUUCCCUGUACUGUAGAACCCAAAGGUUCUCUGUGGAACCAGAAGGUUUCCGUGGUUGGACAUCUUUAGUUUUAUGGUUCGUUGUUCGACGAAUCGUCUUCGUGUUUGUGCUUCCUGUAGAAGAGAACCCUGAACGUCUCGUGCCUGAACUGUGUUCAGAACAUAUCCAUCCCCGUUUAGAAGGAGAAGAAGUGGAGCGAACAGGAAGUGCCAUAAGAAGGAGAAGAAGAAGAGGAGGGAACAGGAAGUGCAAUGAAAAGAAGAAAAACAGGAAGUGCAAUAAUAAUAAGAAGACGAGCAGGAAGUGCAAUAAAAAGAACAGGAAGUGCAAUAACUAGGAGAAGAAGAAGUGCAAUAAUUAAUAAGAAGAACAGGAAGUGCAAGAACAACAUGAAGUGAAA